CAUUACACAAGAAAGAGGCCAUAAAUAGGAAGCAAAUUGGCAACAGGUUGAAGUAUCAACUGAUCUCAAAUAUUUUUCAUCUCUACAACAACAAAAUAUCCAAUGUUGCAAUUAGUAUUUUUCCUAGCUGCACUUGUAGCAACAUCCCAGGGUGAUCAUGUCGCUCAUCAGAUUCACCUUCUCAGGCCACGAUCCGGCGCCAGAAAAGAUGAUGUUCCGGGCCUCUCGUGCCUGAGCUGGCGCCUUGCCGUGGAAACCAACAACAUUGUAGGGUGGAAAACAGUUCCAAAAGAGUGUGAAAGCUACGUGGGGCAUUACAUAUUAGGUGACCAGUACCGGAAAGAUUCGGCCACCAUCACUAAUGAAGCUUUUCUCUACGCCAAAAGCCUGAAACUCGGCGGCGACGGCAAGGACAUCUGGGUCUUUGACAUAGAUGAAACAUCACUCUCUAAUUUGCCUUAUUAUGCUAAGCAUGGAUUCGGGGUGGAGCCAUUUAAUGCAACGUUGUGGAAUGAAUGGGUGAACAAAGGGGAAGCACCAGCAUUACCAGAGAGUUUGAAGCUGUACAAGGAGCUAUUAUCACUUGGGAUUAGGGUUGUCUUUCUCACUGGAAGGCCAGAAGACCAAGCAACAGUCACAACAACCAAUUUGAAAAAUGCUGGAUAUAGCUCUUGGGAGAAGCUCAUCCUUAAGGGAUCAUCUUAUUCAGGAAAAACAGCAGUGGUGUACAAAUCGACUGAAAGAAGAAAGCUUGAGAAAAAUGGAUAUAGGGUCAUCGGAAACAUUGGUGAUCAAUGGAGCGAUCUCCUGGGCGGCCUCUCCGGCAACCGGACGUUCAAGCUGCCGGAUCCACUUUACUACAUCAGCUAAUUAAGUAAUUUGUGCUUCCCAUUUCCAAGUUUGGAAUUAUCUUCCAUCAAAAUUACUUAAUCGAAGCACAGACGGUGGAACAAGGAGACAAUGUUUCAAUACAUUUCUUACAAAAAUUGUACUUCUUAACUUUGGUAAAUAUUUUCCUAGAGAUGUACUUUUAAAAUAAAUAUAUUUAAUUAAAAAAUAAAAUUUCUCUUAUUGGUG